AUGCUUUCUUCUCAAUUAAACCCAAUUGCUCCUGCGACGUCCAGCAAGAUGCACGAAAAGAUUGUCCAUAAAACACUCAAAGGUAGAAUUACGAAGAGCAUAAAAAGGACGGUAACGUCUCCAAAGAAGCAGGUUUCUAGCCCAGAUGAGAUGACAUCUAGCCCAAAGCCAACUUCUGCGACCUCUCCUAAUCAUCCCAAUCGACUCAUUCAUCCCCCCUUGAGCAAACAGCAAGCAGCUUUGCUUCGGGGAAUAAAGACUUCCUUGAAAAAGUCUCGCAACACCGCUGAACACGUUGAACCCAAGGAAGAUCAAAUGAUUCUUGAUAAAAAGAACGAAUAUUCUAUCAAGACGAAUAACUCCGGCGGAAUCAGAACGAAAAAGCCAGAAAGGUCCGAAAAGCCAGUGUCUAGCUCGAAAUUCGCCAAAGAAACUACCUUUAGCGGAGUUGUCAAGAACAAGAAAGAGGCAAAGCCGGUGCUCAUCCCGAAUUUUCCAAAAUGUCCAAAUUCUCCUCUAGCUAUCUCGGAAAGUCGACUCUUGCUACGUCCAAACGGCAAAGGUCUUGUUGCCUUGGGUCGCGAGGUAGUAGAAUUCGGGGUUGCGAAUGUGUUGAGAUCCCUUGAAAGCGAUGCAAUGGAUACUGUCAGUAUAUACUCUUGCGUGCCCUAUAAGCUCCUCGUUGUAUCUCUUGUCUAUAGAGAAGAUUAUGACUGGAAUUACGAAGGAUUCAAUGGAUAUCUCUUGGAAGAGCACAAUGCUAAAUGUGCACAAUUCCCAGAGAUGGAUUUGGAACCCGAGACCUUGAUACUUUAUUACAAGGGAGAAGUCAACGAAUAUGGUAUUGCUUGA